AUCCUUCCUUCUAUGCCAUCAACGGCCGCCGGGGCGCCGCUGGUUUUCUUUCUUCUCGCCCAAGCCGCCGCCGCCGACACACCAAACCGGCAGCUGCCUGGUCGCCGGGGCCGACCCUAGAAUAAAUUACGAAGCAGCGCCGCGGUCUCCAGGUAGUAGCAGCUCCCCCCAGAGCCACACAUCUCUCCUACGUGCUGUUGGUUGGUUGGAUUGGAUCGGCAUGGAGAAGGAAGCGACGACGCCGCGGCCGGUGUGCGCGCAGGAGGCGCUGGCGCUGCUCAACUGCGCCGCCGAGAACCCCUACGACCGCGACAAGUGCCUCGCCCUCCUCGACGCGCUCCGGGAGUGCAUCGCCCAAAAGAAAGUGAAGAAAUUUUCGUUGGCUGAAGCAGGCUCCACCAGCACCACGGAAGCUCCAAAAAGCAAAUAGAAGCCCGCAAUAUUUCAGUGCCACUUACAUAACAUGUUCUAGGCCGGCCAUACUGGUUUAGUGUUGGAUCUGUCCUUUGUAGUUCAUUUCAGAUUUAGACCCCCCCCCCCCCCCCCCCCUAAACAACAAAAUCCAAUAUGUCAUGUCGAGUUGUCGACUGGAGAUUAUAUGUAAUUUUUACGAAGUUUGAGCAGACAAGGAUGAAUGUACUUUCGCUAGAUUUCCUGCUGCCGUUCCUAUCUAGUUUCAUGAUUGCAGGUGUCUGAAAAAGUCGCAUGAACAGUUGCCAUCUCUUCACAGGUUUAUGCUGGUAAUUGUUCUGUGCCAAAUCGUCGAUAAAAGGGUAACUUGAUGAUUUCGAAGCA